GGUAGAAGCCUAUUCUACCGAAGCUUUUUUACUGUCGCUUUUUGUGAUACUACUUUCUCUCGUUUUUAAUUUCUACCAAUUCCAUUGGUAGUAUGCUUCCGAAUGGAUCCGUAGUUAUUCCAUUCCAAAAUCCAAUUCCACUUCUGUGAUGGAUCGAACCCAGAGUUGACUCAAAUUUGGAAAUUUGGAAUGCCACAAUUUGGAAUGACUCAAUUAGGACCGUAUAAGUUAACUCGGCAUGGACCUGAUGUAGUUCCACAGAUCAGGUCGGGGCUAGGAUCUCCGUAUAAGAUCCGGACACGCGUGCCCGGUUCAGGGCCUGUCUCGACCACGCGUUACAUUCAUGAUCAGGACCAUAUAAUUCAAUAACCAGACACCAGUCUGAUAUGAAUGGUGAAUUUGACAGCGUUAAUAGAAGUCUAAACCACUUCACAGUCGAAAAUAGAAAUCUGAUCUCUAAAAAACAGAAACAAGAUAUGAUUCAACUAACGUGCCUGUUGUGUUUAGUAGUAUCAGCUAUCAUAUUCUACUACCAGUACAAAUAUUUAGCACCACAGUUACCGUACUUCACGUGGAAUAGUUGAAGCCUUAUCUUUUACUCUAAUUUUAUACUUGGCGAAAUUUUAUUUUCCUCUCAUUGCACCGCUCGUUUCUCCCUUCCUGCAUUAAUUUUCGCAUUCCUUCAAAUUUUUUACGUAAAAAUUAAUUAUCAAGUAUCGGCGGUUGGAGGGGAUGCAGUUAUUUGCAUAACACGAGGCUGUUAAUUGCACUGCUCUCUUUCUUUCUUAACACUGUAAAAAGAACAUGAUAUUGUCAUUGGAUUGAAGUUCACCAAAACAUAAAACAACUGAUAAACCGACCCUAUAACAAAAUGGAUAACCUCGACAUGCAUAUUUAUCUUCAAUAUCCAAAUUUAAUUAAAAAUAUCCAAGAAGGAGUUCCAAAAAAUUUGACAGGCCGAGUAAUGACCGAGGUGGGAUUGCGCAGAGUUGAUGGUCGGGUAUUCCUCCCUUUAAUCAUUUUCAACGGACAUCACGAAGAAACUCAGAAAUAUUACAAAGUAAAAAUCUAUGACGCAGCAAAGAUGGUGGAAUUGCUGUACGCCCAUCCAUUACACAACCUGAUAUACAUAAGAAAUGCGAUCCCGAAGAGAGAGAAUACCUUCACCGACUGGUUUGGUAUCUAUGAUGACGAUGAAUUCGACGAAUUUGAAUGGAGUGUGUACAGUGGAUUACAAAUAAGUUUUCAUGAACUUAUUGAAUUUCCGCAAAAAAUUACAAUAGAGUCUGAAUAAGCAUAUUUUAAGAAUAUAUUAUUUUAUCUGAUAACGGAGUAAAUAUAAAAAUCAAUUUCCAAAUCCUAAAA